GGAAAAUGGCCUCCAAAAUUGGAAUCAGGUCAUGUGACAUUGAUUUUUGUUUAUAAACAGCUGAGCUAUCGCCGGUUGAUUAAUCUGUAUAAAGGUGUUGAGGAGAGCGUAUUGGAACUUGAAGUUAUCUUUGCUUAUCUUAAUUUUUCACAGCCGCACUUAAUUACUGUGAGUUUUGUGAUCUUAUAAUAUGUAAAGCUUAAUGUGUAAAAGAAAAUUCGAUGUAUUAAUAGUAAUAGUAUUAUAAUUGAUAUAAAACUUAAUAAUAAAUUAUGCCAUGACAUGACAAUUGACUCAAUUGUCUCAGUAAAUUGAUAACUUGACAUAUUGACAAUAUGAUUGACAACCAGUAACAAUCGGUUGUUAUUCAAUUCUGAGUUAUUUUUUCAAUCAUCGUGAAUCAAUCACUUAUUGAGACACUUCAUUCAGUUUCAGUAGUGCAGCAUUCCGUUUCUCUUGGACAGAUCAAAUCAAUUUGUUAAAAGUAAUACAUUUAAAUGAUGAAACCAAACUGACCAAAAGAACAAGUGUUAGUAAAUGAUGUAAUUAACAGCUAAUAAAGGUCAUUUGUAUACAAAAUAUAUAAUUAAUAUAAUAUAUCAUAUAUAUCAUAUAUAUCCAUCAAUUUUUUAAAAUAAAAAUAAUUUGAGUUGGAGAGAUUUUUUUUAAAAGAAAAAAAAACUAAAAACAUUGUAACUGUUUAACUUAUUUUUCUUUUAGUUUUUCAUUGGCUACUUUGGUUAUUUUAAAAUUUCUGAUGAAAGAAUAAAUUUAAAUGCCUAGUAUUCUUCUAGUAAGCAUUUAUGAAAUAGAAACUCUAGAAGUAAAAUGCAAAAAACACCAAGAUUUAAAAAUCAAAACUCUCCUAAGCCUAAGAGUGUGAAAGCAAUGAAAAUGUACAUUUUAUAAAUGUACCAUCUUUAAUUAAAUUAAACUAAGUUAAACCUUGAUUUUUAUGUUCAUUCAUUAUGUUUUUUGGUGCUAAUGAAAUUUGAUCCUUGAAUUCUCCUGUACAUUUUCUUCUCUGGACCUGAUUGAUUAUACUUUGUUUGAUUUAGCCUGUUGUAUAAUUGUUAUACGUGAUAGUCCUAUAUUAGCAUUCAGACCACUGACUCUAUGUGACCCUUGCACUUUUGUAAAAGUAGGAAUGGCAAAUACUUUUCUGCAGUGGGCAGGCUUGGUCUAAAAAUAUUGUAUUUCAAGCAGGAGUCAAAGGGGCCCACCCACAACUUUAACUAUAAGGGUAUCAUCUUAUUUUUAUAAGAAAUAAAUACAAUUUUAAAAAUGCACAAGUAAAUCCAAAAAAAAAAAAAAAGUUUAGACCCAUAAUUACACUUUUUGGUGAAAUAAUUGUCUGUUGCUUUUGUAUUUACAUUGUAGGUCUUCGUGGCUAUUACUUAAGUAAAUACAUUGUAGGUCUUCAUGUCUAGUGCUUUAGUAAAUACAUUUUAGGACUAUAAGUUCUCCUCAGGCAGUAAAUUUCAUAUUCUUAAAUGCACACAAUAGACAAGUGCUUCAAAUUUGACACUUUUUGAAAACUGGAAUACCUAUUCUCACCACCCUAGCUUUAAUGGAGCAAUGUGCUAAGCAAAUUAAAAUGAUUCCAUUAUUGCUUGAUCUUUGCUGAUUGUGGUGACGAAUCAAUAAUAAUACCUUCCUAUGUUUCAACUUCAAAAACCUUUGCUGCAACAGUUUUAUACAAUGUUUUGUGUUGCUCGAAGCAUGAAUCUAGUGAUGGGACAAUGAGGUGUAUUAUUAGGUUAAACAUUAUGACUAAAAAAUCAGCAAGAGAUUCUGAGAGAUCAUCCGACAUUAUAUAAAAGGCUUCAUUUUCUAAACUAUCCAUGAGAGUGCGGGCUGCAUUGCCAACAUGAAAGGAUGCUAGACCACUAGUUCAUUGUUGUAGAUCAGUAGUUCAUUGUUGUAGUUCAGCAGCUCAUUGUUGUAGACCACUAGUUCAUUGUUGUAGACCAUUAGUUGUUUAAAUGAUUAAGAUUAAUGCCAUCUUAUUUUGGACACAUCUUGUUUAAAAAAAAGGUUAACCCCUUUUUGAACAUUCCUUUUUUUGUUAUCUUUAACAAAACUGCCAGAAAUAUUUACUUUAAAAAAAGAAGUUUAUUUGCAAGAAUGUUUAAUAAUUUGUUUCUUUCUCUUAACUGUUUAAGCUGCACCAGUUGUCAUAUUGCUCCCUGAACUGCUUAGUGGUCAGCCGUUUUUGCUUCUCCCUAAGCCUAAGUGAUCAUGGAUAUUCUGACUGGAAACAAGGUUUUCUCAUCCUUGACCCCCAUCAACUUGGCUUCUUGCACCAAAGAGUAAGUCAUAGUACAUCAUAGCAUCUCAUUUGUUAAACAUUCAGUAUUAUCCAUAAAACAGUUGCUAUUUUUCCAUACACUUUUGCACUUGUAAGUUCAAAAAGCACAUAUUUGCAUUCCUUAAUUCUUUUUUUGAACACAUGAGAAAUAAUUUAAAGUUAGGACAAUUAUUAUUAAGUAAAUGUUCAUACUCAGCAUUUACACCUGUCAUGUUCAUCCUUCUUCAUGUUCAACUAUCUUCAGCCUAAUUUGUUUUUGGAUUUUGGUGGGUUUUUUUUUUCAUGGGGUGUGGGGUGGGUAGCAGUGUAUCACAAUAAAGUUUGCCCCCCCCCUCCCCACCUAAAAAAGGUUUAAUUCCCCUCUAUUCUGUCAUUUCACCCCCCUAAACACCCCCCCACACACUUUAAAAAAAAAACAAAUUAAAAAAUAAAUUUCCACAGAGUCUAAAAGGUCUCCUUAUCCUUCAAAUAGCCCAUUGUGGAGGAAAAGAUCUGACUUUACGAAGCACUGCGUUAGAGGAAUUCAUUUUUAAAAUUUGUUUGCUUUUUUCCUCACCAGAGAGAUUAUAGCAUACUUUAACAACAGUUAUGACUUAAAUGAAAGCAUCUUCCUGGGUCUAAAGGGUAAGUUUUCUAGGUUAAUCCUAAUUUUUAACUGUUCACCCUUUUUUUUAAUUACCCCUGAUCUCAAACUUAUCUCUCAAACAACAUAACGAGUGAUUGUAAAAAUUUGUAAAAAUAAUUAAGUUCCCCAUUUUCUUAUGACAUUUCCAUGCAUUUAAAUUAAACAAAAACUUUUUCAUAUUUAAAAAAAUGAAAGAUGAGUCUGUGAUGUACAAAUGCCCUGAUCGGCUGAGGUUGCCAUUGGUGUUUUACUACGCACACACUGCUGCUGUCUAUGUCAACAAGCUCAUGUUGGCUGGCCUCAUUAAGGUAAAUCCAUUAACUAGGACAUGUCAUUUUUCAAGAAUCACUAAGACAAUAAGCAUUUCAUUUUAAUCCUGGCCUUCAACUUGCAUCAGUGUUCCUCAGGACACUGACUGAUAAGAUUAGACUUUUGUCAGAUAAGAAUAUUGAGUAUGAAGUUAAUAACAAAUCAUUUAUUAGAAAUUAAAAUAUUUCUUAGUCUUUACUUUAAUUACCAACUCAAAAUUGGUAUUAAUUUAAAAUUGGCAUAAAGGUGGGGAAAGUGUGUCAUCCACCUGGCUGAAGCUAACUUGGGAUGGUGUUCCAUCCAGCUGGGGACAGUGUGCCAUCCACCUGGGGUGAAGGUAGGUGGGGAAGUUGUGCCAUCCACCUGGGGUGAAGCUGGUGAGGAAGGUGUGCCAUACACCUGGGGUGAAGAUAGGUGAGGAAGGUCGGCCAUCCAUCUGGGGUGAUUACUGAGGACUCUGAAAUAUAUUUGAAAGUUCUGUCAGUCAAAAUGUGGCCUCAGUUUUUUUACCACAAUUUUUUCUUUACUUUCAGGAACGGGUCAAUUUGGACUUUGAGACAAUGUUUGAAACUGGAGUUGAUGAAAUGAGCUGGGAUGAUACAGUGAGUUAAACUUGUGGCAUAUCAAAUCAAUUCUUACUGAACUGGCAUUUCAAUAAUACAAUUAUCUCUUUCUUCAUUCUUCAAGUGAUUUUGACUUGAAUUUUUUUUUUCCGUAUAGUGCCUUGUAAUUAAGUAUUAUUUUUUCCAAUGCCUACUCCAUAAUUUAUUUGUAGGAAAAUUAUCGCAUGGGAGGCAGCUACCAAUGGCCAGCCAUCUCAGAUGUUGUGGAAUAUCGCAGAAUUGUGCGUAACCUCAUUCUUAAAGUUAUUGAGGACACGCCUUUGGAGCUUCCAAUCACAAUGGACAGUCCCUGGGUAAGUGUUGUUCUAUAGUUUAAUGAAAUUGAAAUAAUUCAAAGUUUGCUCUCUUUAAAAACGUAUGUUUCCAGUCUGAAGCUUCCAGGUGUAUUAUUUGCUAAAACAAUACAUUUUAUUAUGGCAGUGGGCCCUAAUGAUGGGUAUGGAGCAUGAACGUAUCCAUUUGGAGACUUCAACAGUGCUGAUCCGUCAACUGCCAAUUGAACUGGUCAAUCGUCCAGAUGGUUGGAAGUAUGGCCCAACCAAAGCUGGUUAGAAUCAUUUGUGCUUUCUUUGUUUCCUUUUCUUCUCACACUGCUAAAGUAACAGUAACUAUAGUAACAGUAACAAUAGUAAUAGUAUUCUGGUGCUGAAACCUCAAAAGUAACAGUAUUCUCAAUUGGUAUUUCCUUUAUCAAUCAUAAUUUUACCUUUUACAGGUAAUCAAUUUAGCUUAUGUCUUUAAUAAAUUGUGUUGAAUAGAUUGUACUGUUAAAGCCAACAAGAUGGUGACGGCUGCCUCUACGGAGGUUACCCUUGGAAAACCUUCUGACUUUCCCUCUUAUGGUUGGGAUAAUGAAUAUGGCGAGGUUGUUUGCAAGUAAGUCUCUAUCAAGAAAUAUUUUAUUUUUAUCAGUUUUGCUUAACUAGUUAUUGAAUCACCGUGGAUAUCAAAUUAUCAUUCUGCUGCUAGAAAGGUUAUUUUUAUUGUACUGGUUCUUAUCAGCAAUCCAAAGGCACUGAAUGUUAUAACACUCGGCCUAGAAAAAUAAGUCAAGUACAUUAGCAGUGCCCAUAAUACAAUAAUACUGUGCUGCCCAAUCAAGCAAAACCAGUGCAGUACUUUUCGGAUUACUAUGGAUUUUGGAAUUUUUAUAUUGUUUUUAUUAUUGUGACAUUUUUAAUGACUGGUUCUGUAGAAUAGUCAAAAUUUUACAACUCGUUUGACCGCACCCUAUCAAACCGCCUCAAGCACACUGCUUAUCUUAUUAACAUAGAGGAUAUGCCACCAGUACUGCAGUAAUUUAAAAUAAAUUUUCAUACUUUCUCUCUGUUAUUUUUAUAGGGUGCCUCCAUUUCAAGCAAGUCAAUAUUUGAUCACUAAUUCAGAGUUUCUGAAGUUUGUGGAAGAUGGUGGCUAUCAGAGCCCGGACUUGUGGACUGAGGAAGGAUGGAAGUGGGUACAAUAUAGGGAGGUGAUACACCCCACGUUUUGGGUUUGCAAUCAGGGUAUGUUGUUAUGAGGCAAAUCUCAAUUUAUGAAAUUGUUGUAACUUUUUAAAAGAAAAGCUUUACAUCCUCAAGUUUGUCUCAAAAUGUUUAAUGAGUAGUAACAUUAGUUAUAGAAGUAAGUGCUUUAUCUUCUCCUAAACACUGGCUGAUCCCACAUUUAUGUCAUUCUUGACCAUCCCAAAAAAAAAGAUAUCCAUUCUCUCUUUAAAUCAAAUGAGCAUAUGAAUAUUUAGUAAGUCUACCUUACUAUAGAUUCUGUAAUAAAUAACAAAAUAACCUAAGCAAAGUCAGUAACUGAGCAAUGUCAGUAGUUGAGCAAUUCCAGUAGCUGAGCAAUGUCAGUAGCUGAACAAUGUCAAUAGCUGAGCAAUGUCAGUAACUGAGCAAUGUCAAUAGCUGAGCAAUUCCAGUAGCUGAGCAAUGUCAAUAGUUGGUUUCACCAAAGCUUUAUUGUUUGUACAGGAUGCAAGUCAGGUUGUGGUGCUGACCUUGCCACUUACUCUCAUUGUCAUAUGACCUUGAUGUCCAAUGGUGAUGAGCCCAUCAACAAGAAGGCCAAGUGCACAGAUUUCAGGUCAUAAUCUUAAGUGUACAGUGGAGAAUAGCUACAGCAGUCAUAAAUCUUACCUCAGAUCAAACGGCAUUUAUAAAUCUUAUCUUAUCAAGUGGCAUUACAAAUGUUACCUAUCAAGUGGCAUUUAUAAAUCUUACCUCAUGUCAGUGGCAUUUAUAAAUCUUACCUUAUAUCAGUGGCAUUUAUACAUUUUACCUCAUAUCAGUGGCAUUUAUAAAUCUUACCUCACAUCAGUGGCAUUUAUACAUUUUACCCCAUAUCAGUGGCAUUUAUAAAUCUUACCUCAUAUCAGUGGCAUUUAUAAAUCUUACCUCAAUUCAAAUAGUAUUAAAAAACAUUCCAAAUUCUAAAUGAUGAUUAUAAUGCUUAUCUCAUCUUAAAGUGCUAUUUAAUAUAUCAUUAGGCUGCGUUUGAUGUUUGAUGUGAUUGACAUGGCCUGGGACUGGCCUGCAGAGGUCAACUACCAUGAGGCUAAGGCGUUCUGUAAAUGGAAAGGUCCUGGAUUCCGUCUCCCAGUUGAGGCAGAGCACCAUGUCAUGAGGGGACCACAGGUCUGUAUUCUGCCCAUAAUCGUCUCAGCUAAAUUAGUAUUUCAUUUAGAAGACAUUAUGUCAUGUGUAAAUUAGUGAAUAUUUCUUUGACUAAAUCACUAGGUGUUGUAUCAGUGCUAAGAAUGUUAAUUAUACUAAUGACAUACCAAUAUUAUUUCCAUUCACUCCAUGUCUUCACCAUAUUCAUAUGUGAAAUUCUGGAGUAUUCAAUCAAAGAAAACCAGAAACAACAGAAAGUCAAAGACAUUAAUUUAAGCUUCUUUACACCCUUAUGUUGUAUACUUCUCCCUAAAUAGAGAAUAGCUUACUUAAUUAGAUGUAAAUUUCAUUUUAAUAAAGUAGUUUGGAUGAUUAAAUUACAAUGCUAUCUCAUUGUUGACAGUUACCAUGGGUGUUUAUAUUACAUUGCUGUCUCACCAUUGACAGUUACCAUGGGUGAUUAUAUUACAAUGCUGUCUUACUGUUGACAGUUACCAUGGGUGAUUAUAUUAAAAUGCUGUCUCCUUGUUGACAGUUACCAUGGGUGAUUAUAUUACAAUGCUGUCUCACUGUUCACAGUUACCAUGGGUGAUUAUAUUAAAAUGCUGUCUCCUUGUUGACAGUUACCAUGGGUGAUUAUAUUGCUGUCUCCUUGUUGACAGUUACCAUGAUUGAUUCUAUUACAAUGCUAUCUCCCCGUUGACAGUUACCAUCCAGUGUUGGCCCCCAAUGUGACAUCAUUUUCCAGAAGAGCAUCAAUGCCAAUCUCAACUUCCAAUAUGGCUCCUCAACAGUAAGAAAUAAUGUUUUAUUGGAACAAUUGCACAAAUUAAAUAUGUUACUUUUCAUGUUUUGUUGAAUUUUUCAUCACUUAUGAGUGAAAUCACAAUUUCCCAUUUUGAGCUUUCCACUCUCAAUGACUAAUCAAGUUGCCCAUCCCUAUACAGGACAUUGGGGCACUGUGAUCAGAGUCCAACACUACAUCUUUAGGUUGAGCAGGGCUGUUGCGAUUUUAGCACCCUCUGAAGAUGGCUCGCAGGGCGCGUGCCCCAUUUACCAGCACCACCCCCUUUUUUUUCCCAUGGUGCCAAGUGUAAGGCUCAAACAUUUGGCCUUCUGUUUAGCGCUGGGUUCUGUAUUAUGAUCUGGUUGUAACACUUACAUUUUACCCAAAGGCCUACUCCCUUUAAGUAAGCGUUUCUCAACCUUUCAUGACCCAUGCCCCGCCUAGUUACACCAAAAGAUUGAUGUUCCUCUAGCAGAAGAGCUAAAAGGAAAAGAAAGAAUUCCUAUCUCUAAAUAAGCAUCUCUGAGUCAAAAUGUCUCCCAUAACCAUUAAAUUUGUACUCACAGCCUUACUUAAACAAAAUAGAAGCUCAAUAAUUGCAAUUAAUUAUGUUAAAAUUAUAUCAUAUGUUGUAAUUUAACAUACAUUUUAUGACAUAGUAUAAUAAAUGAGCCCGCUCUCAAUUUAUAAUUAGACCCCUAAAAUAGGCAUUUGAAAGGCAUUUAAAAUAAUAAUAUUUGUGGCCGAUUAAUUGGUAAUCAGAAAUUAGCUACUUUUCUUUCAAGGCACUUAUUUUAAUGAUUGUUUCUUUUCAAUUCAUCAGCCUGUAAACUUGUUCCCUCCAACUGAAACUGGUUUUUAUGACGUGUUUGGUAACACCUGGGAGUGGGUGGAAGACCACUUCAAUGGACUGAAUGGAUUCCACACACAUUUCCUGUACGAUGACUUCUCAUCUCCUUGCUUUGAUGGAAAACACAACAUCAUCCUGGUAUUUAUUUAUUUAUUUAGGCAUUUUUAUAUAGCGCUUAUCAUAAAGCUCUAAGCGCUUUACAAUUAUUAAAACAUGUAAACUAAGUAAAUACAAAUGAGACACUAGGAUAGUAACUACUAUACUAUAGAAACAAUGAAAAUGGCUAUACAACGAGGACACUUUGACACUUCAGGAUCAACCCGAAACAGAAAAUGAGGUAGGUAUUGUGAACAGUUUAAUGAUGCUUCUUAUUAUCUUAACAGAUUUUUCAAUUUAAACAUUGAAAGAAAUCUAGUUAAAAGUGAUCACAAGUAAUUGCUUUGUAAUUUUUGUUAAAUCUAUACUUUAUAAUACCUUUCUAUUUAUGGCCACUAUAUAGGGAGGUUCCUGGAUAUCGACUGGAGAUGAGGCCUCCAGAUUUGCCCGCUAUGCAUUCCGCAGACACUUCUUUCAACAUUGUGGGUUCAGACUUUGUAAGAGCCUCAGUGACCAAGUCAAUCUCCCUGCAAGAGUUGUUGACACUGAGGUUUUUGUCUUGGGAUAUGGUGUUCAAGGUAAAGAUAGAACUAUUAUUUUAUUCUUUGUGUAGCCGAGUGGAUGACGUUUAGCGUACAGUUUUAUAAAUAAGAUCAAAAUUUAACAAUCAGGUCUUGAGGACUAUAGCUUUUUAAUUAAUGCUCUCCUAUGAUGAAAACAAGAAAAAGGACACUAUGAACUAUGGAGAAGAAGCCUAUGAAGAAAAAGGACAAUAUCUGAAAAUAAACAAAAAAAUGCUCAAUGUUUCUACCACGAACAAGUUUUCCCAUGACUACUGUACCUCUCCACGUACCCAAAAAAAUAUUUCUCAUCACUACCGGAGCUCUCAAUGUACGGUACCGGUACCCAAAAGAAUAAUUCUCAUGAUUAUUGUACCUCUCAAUGUACCGGUAACUAAAACAAUAUUUCCCACUUAACUUAUUCCCCUAUUUGUGUAUGGCCUGAAUAUUUAUGAUGUUUGAUUUAAAAACUUUAGCAAUUUAUGAUAUAUUUUUAAUGUGUAGCCGAGUGGAUGACGUAGCUUACAGUUUUUAAAUAAAAUCAAAAUGAAACAACCAGGUCUUGAGGACUAUAGCUUUUUAAUUAAUUCUCUACUAUGAUGAAAACAAGAAAAAGGACACUAUGAACUAUGGAGAAGAAGCCUAUGAAGAAAAAGGACAAUAUCUGAAAAUAAACAAAUAGUACAGGUCAACAAUGUCCUGACUAACAUAGCUAAAAUAAACAUGUUACAUAACCACGUAAUUACAGGUGGCGACAACAUAUACUUAAUUAGAAAGCAUGAUAAAUGAUACGUACGUAGUAUUGUUUUAUACACAUGGCAAAGAUAAUUAUCUUGUACUACGAAUGUUUUAACUAUAAAAGAAACCACGUGCAGUGUUUAAUUUGAAACACGUGCACAGUGUUAAUGCUACACACAGAACCAGAGUGCGAUGUGAGGGCUAACAUAAACUUUAAAGAUCUUGAAGUUAUUAUAGUAUGCCAUCCAGGUAUGGUGUCUAUGUAAGAAGCACCCAUAGCAGGACAGUACAUACAAUGGUAUAAAGUAUGACCACCGUUGGCUUGAUACUUGUAUCUGCCCAUCGCUGUGUCUUGUUAAGACAACAGCAGAUUGCAGAAUGAAUCAUUAUAUGGAAUAUGAUCCUCACACAUGCACCAUUUCCUAUGUGAGAAUUUAGCACACGGCAGGAAAGUUAUCCUAUUACACAUAUUUGACGGACACUCGCUGGUUGUAUACUGUUGUAUCAAUAGCUUAUUUUAUAAGCGCACUGCAGUAUGUGUACCCAGAACGAUAUGCAGUUGUUUGUUACGCUCACAAACCCUGGUCACUGGUAUCUAAUUUAUUAAUCCUAUUAAAGAAUUUAUUUACCGGUUGUAUGUUAACCUUUAAAAUAGCCUGAGCAUAAGUCUACACGCUGUAGGUUAUUCUACACUAUAUCCUGGCUAUAAGUCUGAACAGAAAUCUUCUAAUGCUAACACUCAACAAGUUCCUACUAACCACAAAGAAAUAAAAUGGCGUAUUUGCCUCUACUUACAGAGCGUUCCAAUGGGCCGCACUGAACAAAGGCACACUGCAGGGAUGCCGACCAAUCUCGAAUGACCCCCCAAUUUAGUGUGCUCCCCCUUUUAAAGCCUUGCGCGGACAUAUGAGAGAGCUUCUCCGUCAGACUAAACCAAGUCGGUCUACGUUUUGCCUUCUGGCCAGUUUCCUGGGAUAAAAUGCCUAACUCUGGGGACUAAUCCCGAGUAAUAAUUAAAAUCUCUGACCAAAGCCCUAACGACUUAUAUGUGAUCUGUGCAGUUUUAUCUCAGCUAUCUAAGAUACUAUUUUAUAUUUUUAUUAGUUAAAUAGUUCUUGAGAUAUUUUAACUAGAAGGGGUGGGGACCACUAUAAAUGAAGGCGAAAACUCCUUUAAUGACUAAAUGUUAAAAUAUUCUCCAACGAUGGAAACUUGUAAAUAUGCUAAGGUAUAGUGAAUAAAAUCCCCUUUCUAACUAGAUAUAAUUUAUAACUUAAUACGCUAGGGUUCCCGAGAAAUAAAUUAUUGAUUUUCUAACUAAAGCGCACAUCGUGGUAUUCUAUUAUUUCCCCCCUAUGGGCAGGAGAAGCCGGCCGUAUAGAGACCGCCGGGUGGGGUGAAAGGGAUACCUGAGUUCAACAUUCCGAUCCAGUGCUAGGCGAGGUCACACCGCGCGACCUCGCGUUGGGCGCCAAACAUGGUUGUACUAAUAACGGUUGUCUCAAAAUAACGGGCUAACGGGGCAUACACUGCCACAUCUGUGCCCAUUGACAAAUACGUUUUCAUUCUAUCAUGAGUUUUGUUUGGUAAUGAAACUUGUAAGGUUCAGAUAUGUACUACUAAGAAUGAAACAUGUAUGGUUUAGCUAUGUACCACUAAGAAAGAAACUUGUAUGUUUUAGCUAAGAAAGAAACUUGUAUUUUUUUAGCAAAGAAAGAAACUUGUAUGUUUUAGCUAAGAAAGAAACUUGUAUGUUUUAGCUAAGAAUUAAAUUUUUAUGUUUUAGCUAAAAAGGAUACAUUUUUUAAAGUUUAUACAUCUAAUGAUUAAUCUAAAUUAAAUUGUUCCAACAGAAAUUCACAUUUUUUAAAUAUACUCUAAGUACAAUUUCUGAGAAUGUUGUCAUAUCUUUUAGGGGCCAAAUGCUUUUAUGUAUGUUUAUUAUUUUUAGCCUUUUCAUUUAAUAGGCUAGAACCAUGUGGCCCUUCAUAGGGAGUGGCUAUUUGAAACUUUUAAUUAACAAAUUCUACACUAAUCAAAUUUCUCUUCCAUCAUCAGCCAAUAAGAUUUACCUGGACAAUAAUGUAAGUCUGCAGCGUGUGCAGAGCACCAAUGCUGUGUACAACUAUGACACAUUAGAAACACUGGAAGGGAUCCUUGAGCUUGAGUUUGGAUUCCGUGACUGUUUUGCUGCCGUGGUGGCCAGACUUUGUAGUAGUUACUGCAACCACUACCGAGUGCCUACCAACUCUGCAGUGCACCUUGGGACUGCCACUGGACGUGGAUCGUUUGAGCUCAGUAAGCAGUUCAACCAGGCAAGUUCUCAAUGUUGUUUACUUAAACUUGAUAAAAGAAAGUAACAGUUAAAAAAAAAAAAAUUUAAGUCAGAAUUUAGAUGAAAAAUAUCAGAUUAUCUCAAACUCAAAUUGUACAUUUAAAAUCAAGUUAAUUUUAAAACAUUUUGAUCUUUAUUCUUACAUUAACUUUGUGUUAUUAAAUAUUAUAUUAGCUUAUAAUGUUUAUUUUACAUGCUCUUUUUAUGAUUAUAUUUUUGUUACAUUUAUUAGGUUCUUGGGGUUGAAAUGUGUGGACGUCUUAUUGAUGCUGCUAUGAGAUUGCAGAAUGGCAGACAUUUGACUCUGAAGAAUAGCAAGGAUGUGAAAUUGGAAGAGGAAUACAAUUUGGACAGAAUUAUAUUCAAGCAGGUAAAAAAAAAUAUCCUGAAAUGUUUUUACUAAAUCUUAAAACAAAAACACCUUUAUUUUCUUUAGAACAAUUAGUUUUUCUAUUGGUGGGAAUACAACAGGUGCUAUUUGGGUCACUGUGAUAAUCAUUUUGAGUCAAUGAAUGCAUUAAUAUACCUAUCAAGUACUUCGAGAAUGGUUAAAGAUUAAAGUAAAAAUGUUCUAUUUUUAGUUGACCUGGGUUCCUAAUGAAAUUGACAGCCAUGACCUCGUUUUGAUUACUCAUUUGGAUCGAGUUCAAAACCCAAAAGGUCAGUAUUUAAAACAAUAAUAAAAUAGGGCUUCUUAUCUAGUUUUGAUUUAAAAACUGAUAUUUUUUUUUCUGAAAUGGAAUAAAAAAUAAGACAUUUGGUCCAUGAUUUAAUUUUAAUUUGUUGAUUCUGAACUUAAAAUUAAAAGAGAAAUAACGAAGUUAAAUGCUUACAGUAAGAGAACAGUUGAGCAUUUUAGUUGUUUCAUUUCUGUAAAAUAUGUUGGAUUUUUCUAAGAUAAAAUUGUUAACAUAAAUUCUUAAAAGCAUAAAAGAAUAGUGUCAUAUUUCUAGUUGUUCUUUUUCCUUGUUUUUAGACUUUGAUAUAUCAUGUUCCUCAUACACAAAGUUUAAUUUUUCCAUUCAUCAGUGUCUCAACUAGUCUACCUCCAUAGCAGAAAAAUGAUUUUACAUUUAUUAAAUGAAGACACUAAUUGUUUAUUAUAAAGAGUAAUUCAAUAAUUCUACUCCAAAUCAUCACUGUGGAUUUAAUAAUUUAUUAUAUUUUCUAUAGAUGAUUUGUAGUGUAAUUUUAAUUGCGGAUUAGGGUUAAAAAAUUAAUUAUUUUUGAAAUUUUUAUAGUCAAUUGGUUAUAAUUUGGUAGUUCUCUAAUGUUUCAAUGUUCUCAGCUUGGUUGAUAUUUUUGUAAUGUUACAAUGUUCUCAGCUUGGUUUGUAAGUCUGCAAUGUUACAAUGUUCCCAGCUUGAUAAGUUUAUAAUUUUACAAUGUUCUCAGCUUGGUUGGUACGUCUCUGGGAGAUCACUAAACCCAAUGGCAUUGCUGUCAUUGCCUCUAAGGAUGGUAGCUGGGGCAAAGAACGACUUCAGCAUCAUCUUCACCAUAGGUAUAAUCAUUUACUUACUAUGUCCUUUUCAAACAAAUAAUUGAAAACUAAAUUUUUUAAAAUGAAAUAAUUAACCAUUGUUUUGCUUUUUGAGAACAAUGGAACAAAAAUUAUGAUAACAAGAGAGAGAUAGGGAGUGAGUGGUGAGGGACAUAAGAGAGAAUCAAAGAUACUCAUAGUCUGACUACCAGUAAGUUUUUAUUAUCAUUGAAAUGAAAUUGCAGAAUGGCAUUAGUAAUUUUAAACUUCCCCAAGUAAUCCAAGUAAUAUACAUUCACCUGUUGUUUAUUCAGGUGAACUAAUGCCAUAUUUCUCCAAGUAAUCUACAUUCUCCUGUCGUUUAUUUGUUUAUUCCUUAUUUCUCAGUACAUCAAGACAAUCUCUUCUUAAAUUAUCACUGAAAAUAAAAAAACAUUUUUAUAUGGAUCAAAACUGAUGUAUUUGUCAAUGGAAAUGUUUCUUUGCAGACUUAAAUGUGUGAGCAGCCAAGAAAUUCCAUAUGAAGACAGGGAUGGUGAAGGAAAUGCUAUUGUCACCAUCUGGAAAUACAAGUAAUUGGAUUCAUUUUCAAGCAGCAUUACGUCUGAAAUGAUUGAAAUGCUAGAAAAUGUGUUUUUAAAACUUUUUUAAAUUUCUUUAAUGACAAGCAAGAGAAAAUUACUUUGUAAGUUUUUCUGCAAUGUCUUUUGUUCAAUUCAAAAAUCUUAUUUCUUUCUUUAUUUCUGUUGUCUUUGUGCUGGGUUUAACUCAAUGUUAAUUAGCCGUAAAAGUCUUUGUGUGGAGUAAAUUAGUUGUAGCUUUUAUUGUAUGCCAUUUUUAACUUUAUAUGUUAUUCUGGUGUAUAUGUUAUUCUGUUUUUUGUUGUUGUUAUUCUGCAUAUCCUCCAAGACUCACAGGCUUAGUUUUCAGUUUUUACAUUUUAUGGAAUGGUUUUAUUCUUUGUGCAGCUAAAGAAAAGAAGCUUUUGCUCCAUGAAAAAGAAGGUCAAGGCUGUUGACCUCCAUUGAUUUUUUUGUGUAAUAUUAUGAAUAUACCCCCUCAAUGAUCUCAUGUAUAUGAUAUUUUUACUUGAAAGUUGUAAUCUCAAAUGAUAUUUGAUCUGUAACUAAAUGCUAAUUAGCUAAUGUAAUAUUGGAUCUGUAAAGCCUGAAAGGGCAUCACCACAUUUUGACGUGUACAUAUUUAUAAUUUUGUUUUGAAUUUUCAUAUUUUAUUUGAGAAGAAACUGUACUAUCGGUAUAUGGAAUGUACUUUUUGUUUAUUGUCCGACAUUGCCAGGAAAAAUAUCAUCCUAAGUUACAUAAAACACUAUGUGUGGCUAAUCAAAACAUACUACUUAGAACUUAUUGACUGUUGUGUUUGUAACUUUCAAUCAAUAUUAAUAAUAUUAGUUUAAAUUAGUUUGCAAUAAAAUAUGUAAAAAAAAAAAAAAGAAACACAAAUUGAAUCUCA